CUUCAUCAAAUCCACCACUACCAAACACUAUCUGAUAGGAAAAAGUCGAUCCCUUGUCGAGUUGACUCUGAAACGCCACUCAACAACUCCUCACCACGCGAUGAAACCGACAAUACCAUGAACUUCGCAUUUCUGCUCAGGAUUUUUGUAUAUGCUGGACUAUUUUUCUAUGUCAAUCCAAACCGAUAUGCGGACCAAAUGUAUGAAGACCUACUUUACUAUUACAACAAAAACGUUCGACCAAUCAAAAAUGCAAGUGAAAGUGUUAAAGUCAAAUUUGGAUCUUCUCUCAUUCGGAUCAUUGAUGUGGACGAGGUAAAUCAAGUGCUAACAACAAAUCUUUGGUUAGAAAUGCAAUGGUUUGACUAUCGACUGAUGUGGGAUCCUGGUCGGUGGGGGAAGAUCAGGAAACUUCAUGUGCCAGUAGAUCAAAUAUGGAUUCCAGAUAUUCUAUUAUAUAACAAUGCUGACGGAGAACCCCAUAUCACAAUUAUGAGUGAUGCAAUAGUUUACUAUAACGGAUUAGUUGUCUGGAAGCCGCCUUCAAUUUAUAAAAGCUUUUGCUCAAUCGACAUUGAAUAUUUCCCUUAUGAUACACAAACAUGCUGGAUGAAAUUUGGUGGUUGGACUUACAACGGAUUUUUGUUGGACGUCAGGCAACUUCCUACGACGGGAUGCGAAGUUGUGAACAAAGCUGACGAUGAAGGAGAGUUUCAAUUUUUAGGUCGAGGAAUGGACCUUAGUGGUUACUACCCAAGUUUAGAAUGGGAUCUGAUGGAGUUAAAUUCGGCACGUCACGAAAAAAUUUAUGCCGGAUGUUGUGGUCAAGACUUUUACAUUGAUAUCACGUUCAAAAUUGAAAUUCGACGGAAAACCCUGUUUUAUACAAUCAAUUUAAUGAUUCCAUGCACUAUGUUUGCUAUUCUUACAUCCAUUGUCUUUUACGUUCCACCAAUCGAGCACAAAAUGACAUUUUCCAUUUCUAUUCUGGUCACACUUACUGUAUUCUACCUCAUUCUUAUCGAUCUCGUUCCACCUACAUCACUGGUCAUUCCUUUAAUUGGAAAAUACUUAUUAUUCACAAUGUUUCUAGUAUCUAUUUCUAUCAUGUUGUCUGUUAUUUCAUUAAAUUUUUAUAGACGGGAUGGUUCAUCAUUCCCAAUGCCUCACUGGAUGAAAGUUGUAUUUAUACAUACUCUUCCACGGUAUAUUUGUAUAAAAACAGCAGAAGAAGAUGAUGGGAGCGAUCGAGGAUCGAGUAUUUCUGAUAUCGGGCCUUUUAUGGAUUCACGAAGACCAUCACCAUUUUUCAUAACAGUUAAUGAACGUCAGUUGAAUGGACGGUUAUCAGAAUUAAAAAAGAAAGGAAUGCAUCCAGACUUGAUCAGAAACAUGAUUCAAAAUGUUGAAUUUAUUGCCGAAUAUUUUAAUUCUUUGAAAAAAGAAGACAAGGUCUCAGAGGAUUGGUCUUAUGUUGCAAAUGUAAUUGACAGAAUUUUCCUCAUCAUUUUUUCUAUAAUGAACGUUGUCGGAACUUGGGUGAUCCUAUUGAACUCUCCUGCUCUAUUUGAUAAUCGGACGCCGUUAUUCAUAAACUCCGUGGCUCGUCCGUUAUCUGGUGAUACAUUUGAACAUUUUAUCAAUGAGAACUUCACUCAACUUGCCUGGUGGGCCAGCACAAUCAAAAAUAGCACGACAGACGUAAGCGACAGUGAUCUGUGUCCCAUCAAAUAUCAAUGAAUAUGUCUUUCAACUUAUUUUUAAUGAUUUUUACUGAUCUUGUUUUUCAAUAAACGUUAUCUUUAUUUUA